GGAUCUAGGCAAGGCUGGAUUAAACAUUAAUGCAGCUGCCACUGCUGUCCAAAGGAACAAGUGCACCAGAGCUAAUCUCCAGAGUUACCUGAGGAGUGGUGAACAGCAGCCAUGGCUCAAUUUGCCCAGGUUCUAGCUGAAAUAGGUGACUUUGGUCGCUUCCAGGUACAGUUGACAAUCCUGAUGAGUAUCCCCAACUUCCUGUCCCCCUUCUAUAUGUUUAGCCAGGUCUUCAUGGUCCUGGAUGAGACCCACUACUGUUCAGUGGCCUGGGUCAAGAACCACACGCUCAACCUGAGUGCAGCUGAGCAACUGACACUGAGCGUGCCUCUGGAUGCUGAGGGCAGACCUGAGUCCUGCCUCAUGUUCCGGCCACCCCCCAAUAACGCUAGCCUGGAGGACAUCCUCAGCCACCGCUUCAAUGAGACACAGCCUUGUGAGACCAGCUGGCACUAUCCUGAGGACAAGCCCCAAUCACUCUUGAACGAGUUCAACCUGGUGUGCCAUCGGAAGCACCUGAAGGAGACCUCGCAGUCGGUGUUCAUGUCGGGACUCCUUGCUGGGGCCCUCAUCUUUGGGCCCCUCUGUGACUGGAUUGGCCGCAAAGCCUCUCUCCUGGUGCAGCUGCUCCUGACUGCCUUCGUGGGCCUGGCCACGGCCUUUGUGCCCAGCUUUGAGUUCUACAUGGUCCUGCGCUUUGCUGUGGCUACCGCUGUCUCUGGAUUUAUGAUAAGCACUGUUACCCUGCUUUCAGAGUGGGUGAGCCCCUCGUGGAGAACUCGGGCCGUGAUCCUGGCCCAGUUCACCUUCGCCUUGGGACAGAUGGUGCUGGCGGGACUUGCUUAUGGUAUCCGCAACUGGAGGCUCCUUCAGAUUGCUGGCGCUGUCCCUUUUUUGCUGUUCUUCUCGUACAUCUGGAUUCUGCCAGAAUCUGCUCGGUGGCUCCUCACCCAGGGGAGGAUAGAGGAAGCCAAACAACUAGUUCAGAAGGCAGCCUCAGUCAACAAGCGGAAAAUCUCCCCAGAGCUCCUGAACCAGUUGGCCCCAGAGAACUCAGCCUCCUCAGGGAAUGCCUUGGAUCUUUUCAGACACCCCCACCUCCGGAAGGUGACCCUGGUUCUCAUCUGUGUCUGGUUUGUGGACAGUCUCGGGUACUAUGGCGUCAGCCUCCAAGUGGGAGACUUUGGCCUGGACAUCUACCUGACACAGCUAAUAUUUGGAGCCUCUGAGGUGCCUGCCCGCCUUCUCAGCAUCUUCAUGAUGGAGAAGUUGGGCCGCAAGUGGAGCCAGAUGGGGACUCUGAUUCUGGGUGGCCUCAUGUGUAUCAUCAUCAUCUUUAUCCCAGAAGAUAUGCCCUUGGUGGUCACCGUGCUGGCCGUGGUGGGGAAGUUCGCUACUUCUGCUGGCUUUACCAUCUCCUACUUGUACACUAUUGAGCUCUUUCCCACCGUCGUCCGGCAAACAGGCAUGGGGCUGGUGAGCAUCUUUUCAAGAGUAGGCGGCAUCCUCACGCCACUUGUGCUCCUGCUGGGCGAGUACCGCAAGGAGCUCCCUAUGCUCAUCUAUGGCAGCUUCCCCAUCGGGGCAGGUAUACUCUGUUUUCUGCUGCCAGAGACACGUGGCCAGGCCCUGAAGGACACCAUCCAGGACCUGGAUCAGGGGCCCAGCACACGAUCUCCGACGGCCGUGUCCCCAGAGAAAGAAAUGGAGUCUACGGGAAGAAGUUCUACUCCAGGGGUGACCACUUUGCUGUUGGGAGGUCACUAGCUGGUACCUGUCGGACGCCUGAUCUCGUCUUAGCCCUGAGGAGCACAGCAGAAAGGGGAUCUCACUGUGCCAGGCAGUGGCCAGCAUGUGCCAAACGGUGGCUGUCCUCCAGAGGGUGUUAUUGAAUACAGAAUAACCCAUGUUUAUGGCACAUGCUAGCAGUGAACCUACCAGUAUUAUGGUUGGUUUUGUAGGGGUUGGUGCAGGACUCAGAUCUCAUGCCUAACUGGCAGGAGUACCUCCCAUUCUGGGUCUCAGCCUUCUUAUUUUAGAAUGCUAGCAUGCAUGAGGCCCUGGGUUCAAUCCCUAGCACCCCAUCACCCCACAAAAAAAGAAAAAGAAUGGACAAUUUCAUAGGUCCCUUUGCACUAAUCCUCCAAGAUUAUAAUAUUGGGAGCCCUGACUGGGCAUGGAGAGCAAAGGAGUCUAGCAAUCUGCCCUUGUCAGGGGGACCUCUGAAAUUAAAACCACCAUUCUUCUCAUCUUGUGUUCUCUGCUUCCAUUUUCAAAGCCUAAGCUGUCCCCAUACUUCCCCAGCCAAACUGCACCUCUGCCUUGACACUGUCCCCUAUAAACUAUCUUCCACCUCACCCAGUUCUAUCCACAGGUACAACUUGUGUAUGUUAGUCAGCUUUGUGUGACAAAAUACUUGAGGGAAAAGAAAUUACAGGAGGCAAAAUUUAUUUUGGUUCAAUGGUUUUAGAGGUUUUAGUUCUUAAUUGUGGGCGUGUGGUAAGGCAGAGGAAGCAUGUGGCAGAAUAAAGAUACUUAACUGACAGCAGCCAGGAAGCAGAGAGAGAGAAGAAACAGCUAGGGACAAGCUAUGGUCCCCAAAGGCACAUCCCAAAGCACUGGCUCUCUUCAACUAGAUCACACCACCGAUAAUCCCUUCAUCUCCCGACAAUGCCAUCAAGUCACAAAUCCAACAAUGGAUAGACGCGUUGAUGAGGUUAAAGCCUUCAUGAUCCAAUCACUUCCCCAAAUUCCCACCUCUGAACAUUGCUGCACUGGGGACCAGGACUUUGACAUGAGUCUUUCACAAAAGUCUUCAUAUUCAGACCAUGACACUGUGUCUCUGGAACUGCCACUCAAAAGCCAGCAGAUGUCCCCACAUCUUCAGCCCUUCCUGGAAGGUUUUGCAUCCCCAGCCUCUUCCUCUGACUCUGAGCUUGCUCACAGCUGGGGAGCUGUGGGAAAGGGCUCUUUACUCUCCACUGCUUCUCCACCAUUAUGUCCCCGCCUUCUUGUAAAUCCCCUUGCUCCCACCUCUUGACCUCCAGAUCACACCGUCUGAUUCAUCUAAAACUCUCCUGCCUGGUUCAGUCACCCCUUCUCCUCCAGCGCUGCCAUCCUCGUAGGAAAACCCCUCUCCACCUCCAAUUCUUAAAGACAUUUCUGGCAUAUAAAUGAAUAGAUGAAGGGCCCUCUAACUCAGACUUCUUGCCUUCUGACCACUGCAUUCCAUCUUGGUCUCUUUGUCUCAUUAUUCCCAACUGACCUAGCCAUCGAGGGCUGCCACAGCAAAAUAUCAUAGACAUUUCCUUAAAACCGGAAAUUUAUUUUCUCAAAGUUCUAGAUGCUAGAAGUCUAAAAUCAGGGUGCAGCAUGAUUAGGUUCUGAUGGGGGCUUGCAGAUGGCCACCUUCUCUCUAUGCCCUCACACAGACUUUCCUGGGUGCAUGUGCAAGGAAAGAAAUUUUUCUCUCUUUUUUUAUGAGGCCACUAAUUUCAUCUGGAGGGUCCCGCUCUUAUCUAUGACCUUAUCUAACCUUAAUUAACUCCCCAUGGUCCCAUCUCCAAAUACCAGAACCCUGGGGAUUAGGGCUUUGAUAUGUGAAUUUGGAAGCAGGGGAAGAUACAAGCAUUCUUCCUAUAACACUGUUUUUGGUUUCAUUGGGGCCCUCUGGUCUGCUGACCCUUUGCUUUCUCCCUACCUCUCUCUGUCCUCUCUACUCAGAUGAGAGAAUGGAGCCAACCUUUUAAUUUCUAUCGAGAUAGAGCAUUUUCCUCUCUGGCCCUACACUUUAAUUCUUUUACCCUGUGGUUGUGUCCCACUAGCAAAACCCACAGCAGCAUAUGAGCUCAAUUAUCUGCCUGCUCUUUCUCUGCACCCCCAUCCACUGGUCAUUGCUAGAGAGUCACAUGCUGGGCAAGUCUAUUUUCCAUGGAUUCAUGGUUGCCAGCCUCAACCAGAUCUGUAAGGGCCCAGGACCCCUAACUAGCUUGCUUUCCAUCUCCAGUGGCCAUUUCUAACCUCCACUGGGUGUGCUUCCCAUCCUCCACUUCCUCACUGAAAGCACCUUCUCCUCCUUUUAGAAAUAGGGAGCCACCAUGUGGCCAUUCCCUAGACUGCCCACCACCUAAUCUUUCACCUGCCCCUCACUGUUCCCUGCUGCUGCAUGAAAGAACCAUCGUGCACAGAGAUGGCAGUGACACCACUGAGGACAAGGCUCUUUCCUCUGCUCCCCCCUCCAACCCUCCCACCAAGACCUGGGAGCUGCUGAAGGCAGGGCCUUUUCCUUAUCAGCCUCUCUUCUCUAUGACCCCCAUCUUAGGCAAGGGGUUUGGGCAUCCGGCAAGUUUGUGGGGACCUCUGAAUUGAAUUUGCUUUUGCCCCCAACUUUCCUUUGAGGUGAGAGAUUUCAGCUCCUGAAGUUUCUCCUGAUCCCACUGGUCUGAUGAGUCAUUGGCUCUCAAUCAAGCCAGGAUCACCAUUGGCCAGAGAGUCCAGGCCACUUGCCUACAGAGGGGCCUGGGACAGGCCUUGACAGUCAUCUCUAUUGGGUCUGGGAACAGCCUAGCUUCCAAGUACCCAGGACAUGGCCAGGGCCUCCCUGGAGCUGGCCUUUCCACUGCAGGUGGAGGUGGUGGCCUCCCCAGUGCCUGAUUGCCUCCCUCCUCAGAGAUUUCGGCAAUGGGGACCAUCAGUCCUGAGCAUUCAGCCCAGGUGAGUAGAAAGACCCUGAUAUUUACUAACUUUCUCAGUCUCUGAUCAAGAA